AUCCAUCUCGGCUAUGGUUGUAGCUAGCAGCGGUGGUUGGGUACAAAAUGCCAGUUCGCCCGCUGGGCAGAACAACUCCAACUUGAACCAGAACAAUACGCAGAACAACAACAGCAACAACAACAACAACAACAACAAUAACAACAACACCAACACCAAUACCAUCGCCACCACCAACAACAACAACAAGAUGACCGCGAAAGGCGUUCUGAUCUGCCGGGACAAUUCCCAUCCCUUCCAGGAGCGUACGUUGACGUUGGAGCAACCGGUCAAAAUUGGUCGUUCGGUGGCCAGGGCGAGAGCCGCGACGAAUAACGCGAUUUUCGAUUGCAAAGUGUUGUCGAGAAAUCACGCGCUGCUAUGGUACUCCUCCGGUAAGUUUUACUUGCAGGACACGUGCAGCAGCAACGGUACGUUCGUGAAUAAUCAGAGACUCAGCGCUUCCGGGUUGGAGUCAACGCCCAAGGAGGUAUGCUCCGGGGAUAUAGUGCAAUUUGGCGUGGACGUUGUGGAAAAUACCAAGAAGGUCACCCAUGGGUGUAUAGUCGCGACCUUGAAGCUGUACCUGCCGGACGGGAAGGAAGCCAAGGCCAGUCUCAGUACCUCCGUCAGUUCACCCGCUGGAAACGUCUCCCUCGAGGAUCUUUACAAGCUUAAUCAGAUAAUGCAGGAGGCGUCGAGACGAGAGAAAGCCUUGUACUCUAAACUGGGCUAUUUGCAGCAACUGGUGGAGAAUACUCGGAAAGCCGCUAACCAAUCGUGGAAGGCAUUGAUCACGGAGGAUCGUCUACUAUCGUGGGUAAUGACCGUUGAGAGUCAACUGACGGUGUAUUCCAAGAACUAUACCGAGGACAAAAUCAGAAACGAACUUGCCAAGCUUCAGGAUGAGAAGGCGCAAUAUCAGAACGCCGCCAAGGAAGCGUUACAGAAAGUUUUGCAGGAGAAACUGGAGGUCACGCAGAGACUUGUGCAAUUGGAGGGACGUUUGAACGAAACGGAGGAAGAAUGUCAAAGUUUGCAUAACGUAGCCAAGUACACCCAAACGGAGCUUCAGGAGCUCAGCGCGAAAUAUGCGGAAGCGCAGAAGAAGCUCCAGGAGACCACCAACAAGCUCAUGGAGAGCGAGGAGAAGGUAAAGGAUGUGCUGCUCAGCGCGGAACAAGAGAAACGUGAUCUCGCGAAACGGCUCGAGGAUCAAUCAAAAAUCGAGAAGACGUUGCGGGCGAGGUUGCACGAUUCUCGAUUAGAUUCCGUCAAUAUCUAUAAGCAAAUCACCGCCUUGAGAAAUUACGCGCAGACUUUGCAAGAUAUGAACCUAAAGCUGGAGGUCAGCGAGAACUUGGACUCGAAGGGCGAGGAGAAUCCCAUAGAGGCUAUAAACGCUAUUCUUAACCAAUUGAAUUCUAUUCAUGUCGAUAAUAUGGAGGUGGACAGCGAGAUUAAUUUUUACUUCACCAAGAGUGAGCAAGAUAAUCAGUUUAAUUCGUCAGAUGUUGAUUCGAAGCAGCUGAAAUCCGACGUGUCCUUCACCAAAGACCAGAUGGACGACUUGCAGACCACGGCUGAAGAUAGUCUCACGGAAUAUAUUGUCCCACCGCCGUUAUCGUCGUUAUCGUCGUUAUCGUCCAGACGAACUUUAGUCAAUGGAAACUUGGCCAACCUAGACAACCUAGACAACAGCGAUACCAAUGGAGACUCCGACACAAACUCGGAAGCGACCGACGACACAUGCAGUAUUACGAACGACGACAUGAGCGAGAAGAGCGUUAUAGAGAAUAAGAAGGAGGAGCCGGACACGGAACAAGCGUCCAAGCAGGCACAUGGCAAGAUGGAGGUACGAUUCGCAAAUUCCGUGUACCGUCCACAAUCGGAUGUACAUUACGAGCCAAUAAAACAAAUUGCCAAAGAUGAUCGAGUCGCGGAGAUUUCGACGGAAGAAAGUGCCUACGUGGACAUUGAGGAUACGCUAGACAGUUCUAUCGUCGAUCUUGCGAUAGAUAAGCGCGACAAAAAAGAUAAGCAGCACUACUACCAUCACCACCACCACCACCACCAGGAUAAUGAUGUUGAGCCGGAGUGCGAAGAGCGCGCAGAAGGAGAUUACGUUAAAACUUUAAAACCCGUCACGAAAAAUGAUACGAUACAACAAGCUUUUCAUUCCAGAGACUAUAUACUGCAGACGUUAAUCGGUUCUCUGGAUUCGUUAAGAGGCGAGGAUGGCCUGGAAGCGCGGCAGAUGGUGCAAAAAGAGCUGGAGGAAUUGAAGGACUGGCUGAUACGCGAGCCGAACGAGAUCGUCAUCGACAGGCUGAAGGAGCUGUACUACCGCGCGAAGAACGAGGCGCAGCGGAUGCAGGAAGUCAACGAGGAGCUGGUUAUAGUGAAAGAAAAGUACAACGCGUUCGUCGAAGAGAAAGCGGAGCUGUCAAAGAAAUACGUGUCCCUUAAAUCACAGUGCGGUGAUCUGCUAAGUGCAAAUUACACCGUACCGAUACAUUACGUGGCACCUAUCGCGAUUAUGCUGGUGUGGAUGCUACUGGAGAAGAUAUUCUAAUCGCGCCUCUUUCUCCCCUGCCAUCUAAUAUUCCUUUCUGUACAUAUUACACGCUCCACGACGAACGUUUUAUCCUUUUUCAUUUAUUUUUCUUUCUUUUACAAUAUCGACUGUAAUUAACUGUAAAUUUCGUUAAGCUAUCCAUUUUGUCGUUUGAGGACGACCACAUCGAGCACAAUUUAAUGUUUUUUAUACAAACAAUUGUUAAGAAUUGUGUGUGUAUAUAUAUAUAUAUGUAUCUCUCUCUGUUUAAUUUCCCGAAUCAAGUCUUCUCGGGGCUAAGGAUAAGGAGCCUCUCGUUAGAAAGUGCGAUGUUAAACAAGAAUAAUGUGUCGCGUUAGGACGCUUUACGAAAGAGGAGCAAGAUCAAAGACGGGACAAAAAUCGUUUAUUGAAUAUAUGUAUGUAUAUCUCUCACAACACGGAAGCUCGACUUACGCUCUCGGAGGAGUAAAAGUAGCUGGAGAAAAUGUAAGCACGAUACCACGUAAAAUGUUCAACAUGCUGCCAAGCUGCUAAGUAUCAUAUCUCCUAAUACGGCUCAAUUUUAUAAUAUAUUAUGUAUUUCGUUGCAUGUUUGCUUGUUUAAACGAUACGUUUCUAUAGCAUAUUCUAAAGAUUAAAUCUGUAUCCUUUACUGCGGAUCGAGAAUUUACAAGAAUGUACUCUCUCCCGUGCAUCUCAAAACAAAAAAAAAAAGAUAUAAACACACGCGCGCAGCACACAUUGUCAUUUUCGAUUAUUCAAAAUCUUCAUACAUUUGUAUAUAAUUAAUUGUAGAAAGUAAUUCGCGCGCGAAAAACGAUACAUAAUCAUUCGUACUCGUCUCAUUCGAAUCAGAUAACACGCUUUCUUUUUUCAAGCUCUUUAGUUGAGGGCGACUUUAAGAGUUGGGAACGACCUUUGCAGGGGAGUGAGAGUGAGAGCGAGAGUGAGAGAGUGAGAGCGAGAAAGAGAGAGACAAUCGAUCGCUCACGUAUACAUUAGCAUGCGUAUAUCAUAUAUGUUGCAGCGUUACUCUCGCGCCUCUUCUGAUGAUAAGUGCAUUGUUCUCGAGCGAAAAUUUGAUCGCGAAACGUAUCAUGGUCUUGCGGCGAGUUUUGGGUCCUUUGACCUUUCUUUGCACAAUGAUAUAUUGAUAUCUUAAUUUUCUUCCCUAGCGUGACAAUAUACAAGAGCAUAUUCGUUCGAGCGACCUAAUAAAAUUAAUAAGCGGAUACGUAUGUAUUUACUUCUCGAAGGCAAAUUUCUCUCAGCACUCAUUGUCAGUACCGUUCUAUCGAUUCUACCUUGGAAUGGCCUUGAUAUUAUCUAAUAACGUCUUAAAGCGAGAAGAUCCAAUAUAACCGUAGUUUUCUAUAUUAAUUCUUUUGAUACGAAACGUUAAACGGGGAAAUUGACAGUAUUUUCUUAAUUCGUUAGUUUAGUUUAGAGAGUGCCAUGUUUACCGCGUACUUGUACCGCAUUAGAUAACAGAAUCAUUGUGUGUCGCGGCGAAAACAAAGGUAUACGUGACAUUUUCCAAAAAAGUACGCCGCAAGUUGGUCGGUCGGUCGCUCGCUCGCUCGUUCGUUCGUUCGUUUAGGCGAGCUCACUUUCUUGGCAGAUCAAGCGUAUAUAUCAAAUUAUCAAAGUACAUAUGGUAAAUAAAAAUGCUGUACAUAGUAAUGUUGAUAUAAUCUUACUACCGAUGUAAUAGUCAUUAUACGAAAAGGGGAAAUAAAGAUAAAAAAAAAACUAACUUAAUUAAUUAAAGAA